AUGUCUAACAUUAUUCACAAAGUCAAGGAUGCCGUGACCGGUCAUCAUCAUGAUGCAUCUAAGACAUCCAGCAGCAAUAUUGAUGAUGCCCGAGAUACUUACGGAUCCUCGCACAACACCACGGAAAACGCUCCCAGCAAACACACUUAUGGCUCUGGCUCUGGCCCCGGCUAUGAGACCCCAUCUAAUACUGGUGCUGGAGACUACGGCAGCAAAUCUGAUACCUAUGGAUCCAACGCUGCUGGCGGCUAUGGCUCAUCCAACACUGGCUCCAGCACCAAUGCUGGCCCCCAUGACUCCAAGCUAGCCAACAAGGUUGAUUCCAGGGUCGAUAGCUAUCUCGACAAUCGAGGAAAGCAUGCCGGAACUACCGGCUCUAGCAACGCCUACGACAGCAACUCUGGCCGCUCUACCGGAGAGACCGGCUAUGGCUCCAGGGACGUCCACGGCAACACCACCGGUCACUCUUCUGGACAGACCGGCUAUGGCUCCAACAACCCUUUGGCUAGCAACGACAACUACGGUAGCAAUACUGGCCGCUCUACCAGCGGCUAUGGCUCCAGCGACACCCACGGCAGCACCGCUGGCCACUCUUCUGGACAGUCUGGCUAUGGCUCGAGCAAGCCACUUUCCGGUAGCGACAACUAUGGUAGCUCCACCGGUCACUCCGGUUAUGGCUCUAGCAACCCGGUGUCUGGAAGCGACAAUUACGGCAGUAACACUGGCCGCUUCACUGGACAGUCAGACUAUGGCGCCAAUUACUCUUACGGAGCCGGUGCUGGCAGCAGCUACAACAACCAAACCUCGAAGACCGGGAAGACCACUGGUCCCCACGGUUCCGAUCUAUUGAACAAGCUUGACCCCAGAGUUAACGAGAAGGAUGCUCUUGGCAGCCAGCGCAACUACUAG